CACACACACACACACAAAAUCAAAAUUAAAUCCAUGGAGAAGAUUGGAAGAGAAGCUGUUGAUUACAUGAAUGUGAAGUCCUUCUCUCAACCCCCCCUUAGAAAAAAAUCCAUUAGACUUUUUGGUAAAGAAUUUAGUGUUGGUGAUAGUACUAACAUGUCUGAAUCAACUGAUAAAAAUCCUUUGCAUCAUGAACCUAAACCAAAUACGAUGAGUAUCUCCGCGAAUCGUAUUGAUAAAAGAGGUCAUGUUGAUGAAAUCAGCAGGAAAUAUGAAUGUUACUAUUGUUUUAGGAGCUUUCCAACUUCUCAAGCUUUAGGAGGCCAUCAAAAUGCACACAAGAAAGAAAGACAAAAUGCCAAACUAUCUCAUCUACAGUCUUCAAUAGUGCAUGAGACGAACCGUCAUCGAUUUGGUGAACCAUCCGCUGCAGCUACAAGAUUAACUCAUCAUCAUUCAACAUGGAGCAACAUUAAGAAUAAUAAUGUUUAUAGUCCUAAUUACAAUGAAGCAUUUUGGCAAAUUCCUCCAACAAUUCAUCAUUAUCAGAAUAAUAUUAAUCCUUCAUCUUCUUUUUCUCAUGACUCAUUUUUUCCUAAUGAUGAAGAGAAGAGGGAAUUUCAAAAUCAUGUGAGUUUAGAUUUGCACUUAUAA